AUGGCUUCAAACGGUGCCCCCGCGGCUCUGACCGCAGCCGCCGCGCAAAACAACUUUGAACAAGCCGUCGCCCUCUCCCUCCACACAUGGCCCGCCCUCACCUUGUCCGUCCAGAACAACUGGGGCGGCGAGGCCUCUUCCGACAAGCGCGAUUGGUUCGCCGGUGCCGUCGUCGAUCUGUUUGCGCCGUUUGAAAAGGUUGUCAACGGCGUUGCGACCCCCAAAGACGCAGCGGCCGCCGCCGAGGAGGAGCCCGAUGUUGAAUACGUGGAGGAGUUCCUCCUUCAGGUCAUGUGCGACGAGUUUGAGGUCAACAUUGAUGAUGAGUCUGGCUUUGAUGUCGCCCAGGCCAUCAUCAAGUUCCGCACCGACUGCGCCAAGGGCAAGUUUGACGAUCUCAGCGAGCUGCAACGCAAGUGGGAGAGCAAGAAGGGAAAGAAGGUCCAGGUUGCCCAAGGAGAGAGUCCCAACCAGGAGGUCGACGAUGACGACAGCGACGACUACUCGGACGACGAAGACGUCAACAUGGAUGAGGCGCCUCAGCUGGUACAGGUUCCUAAGGAGAAGCCCGCGCCAGAGGUGGACGAGGAUGGCUUUACCACGGUGUCGAGGAAGAGGUAG